AUGAAGGAGAUUUCAGUGGCCGUGUUUGAUAAUGGCAGACGAGUUGUUUUGCUGGAUGCAAAGGUUGCAUUGGCCGAGAAAGGAGUUGAGUACAAGGAAGAGGAUCUGACCAACAAAAGCCCUCUGCUUCUGCAAAUGAACCCGUUUCACAAGACAAUCGGGGUUCUGAUCCAUAACGACGAAACCAUCAACGAAUCCCUCAUAAUCGCGGAGUACAUUGAUGAGGCUUGGAAGGGUCAAGCUCCAUUACUUCUAUCUGAUCGUGAUCAGAGAGCUCAAGCCAAAUUCUGGGCUGAUUUUGUUGGCUCCAAGGUUCAUGGGGUUGGGAAGAGGAUUUGGGCUGCAAAUGUUGAAGAGCAUGAACAGGCGAAGAAGGAAUUGAUUUUGAAUUUGAAGCAAUUGGAGGAAGCUCUUGGAGACAAACCAAAUUUUGGAGGUGACACAUUUGGGUUGGUGGAUGUUGCUCUGAUUCCAUUCUAUAAAUGGUUCUAUGUUUAUGAGACAAUAGGGUACCUGAAAGUGGAAGCAGAGUGUCCUAAGAUCGUUGAAUGGGCAAAGAGAUGCUUGCAGAGAGGAAGUGUUCAAAAAUCACUUGCAGAUAAGAAGGAAAUCUACGAGGUUGUCUUGGGCCACAGGAAGAAGCUUCAGUUGGACUGA